UAAUGAUUAGUGGAGUUUGAAUAUCUUCAAUAUUCAUCCGUAGUGAAGUAGGUUCUGCGAAUAUAUGUGCUGCGGUGGGAUGGAUGAACAAACUACUGUUAUAUAUGUGUUAUUUGUCGUUAUACAGGCAUGUUCAAAAUUUUUGGGGUCAUUCAAUUACAACCGUUAUGCUGCCGAAAUUUCGGUAGAAUUUAGAUAAAAUUUGAUAUAUAUAUUAUGUUCUGUUUUGUUUAGGGUCCACUCGCUCAACCGCCCUCAAGACGUGAUGCGUCAAAGGGGAAAGCUUCGAUGCUUUCUCCACAAGGCCGUGGUGCACGGGAAGAUGACUUGUUCACGGAAGAGAAGAUGGCGUUGAUCCCUAAUUCGCUAAAAUGGAUGAUUCAUGAAUUCCUAAGGCUCAAAGAUAAACGUGAUAUAAUCACAAUUCCUGUCCCCCGAGCAUUCAUUGCACCGCGUACCCAGAUCACGUUAUCUGGAGAGGAUUUGCAGCAGGUUGCUACGUGUGACUACAUCGGCAACCAGGGAAUGCUGUUUGGAAUGAUGCACAUAUGGGAGAGCAUCAACGGUCUGAGAAAAAUUUUCAAGUUUUACGACCCAGAGCUUCUCACAGUGCAUGGGAUCAACGAUGAAGAACAGAGUCAGUCUUUUGACGAUGCGGCAAGACGAUUGGCUAAUUGGUUAUCAUUAAUGAACAACAACCACCAAAUGUUCUUUAUUCCUUGGAAUAUCGGGAUGCAUUGGACGCUAGUGGUGGUUGCGCCAAGGAAAAUUAUCCAUUUAAACCCUGUAAAAGGUCGCCCAAUUGCCGAAGAAAUAGAACAAAUGAUCGGAAGGUAAUAAUUUAAUGACUUCUUAUGUAACGAAUUUAAAUUAACUAACGAAUUGAAAUGCUAAUAUAAUUUUCCUAAACAGGGCAUUCAUGUAUAUAGGGGACGCACAUCAGUAUCUUGGCCCGUGGCAAGGAAUUUCACAAGCAAACUGUCCAAGACAACCUAAAAGCCAAGAAUGCGGUUUUUAUGUUUUGAAAUAUAUCACUGACAUCGUCGCACGUGCCAACCCCAACCGUUACAUACAAGAUCAAAAAGCUGUAAGUUUUAAUUAUUGAUCAUAGUAUAUAAAUUUUAUAAUAACAAAUAUAUAAUAUACAUAUACAUAAACUAAUAUAAAUUUUUAAUUUUUUUAACAGUUUGGUGGUAAGAAGCAAUACGAUCCAAAAACAGAAUUGUUACCACUACAGCGAAAGUGGAUCGAACAAUUGAUGGCGGUGAUUCACGGUGACGAUUGAGGUUCAAAGGACGAAGAAUUUUUCUUCAUUAUGUUAUUUUUAUAGAUUAACUUGUAAUUAGAUUUAUUAACUUAUUAAUAUUUUUAACUAAUUUUACAUGUUUGUGUAAUAUUUAAUUACUUUUAUGAAAUCAAAUUAUGUUUUUACCCAAAUUUAAUUACUAUUUAAUUUAAAAUGUAAUUAAUAUAUAAUUAAAUUAAAUAAAUAUGUAAUUAAUAUAUAAUUAAAUU